AUGUUUCCUAGAAAUUUGAUCAUCUUUCUAUUGAUUUUGUGCUAUGUAAAAGCUGGAAAAAUCCUUGUUUAUUCUCCAUCGUACAGUGCAAGUCAUAUAAUCAGCAAUGGGCGAAUCGCUGAAACGCUUGCCGAGGCCGGUCAUGAAGUCGUUGUUUUAAUCCCCGAAUUUAUGAGUUCUCUAUCGAAUUUCACGGGUGGCAUUAAAAAGUCGAAAAUUCUGAGGAUCCCGGGAGUUGAAAAAUGCUUGCAGAAAACAAAAUGGAUGAGAUUCUUAACGGAAAAAUCCUCGUUUAUCAUCAGAAAAAUCUACAAAUCGGUCAAAAGAUUUGUCAGAGGUAAAGGAUAUGAGGACUUCGGUUUUGAGGGUGGUUUAAUGGACUCGGAAUUCGCGACUGUUUCCACUAGAGCUGCUUGGGAAGUUGAGGCGGCGAAAGUUUGCGAUCUGAUUCUUCAACAAAAAGAAAUUUUGAAUCAUUUGAAAGGCGAGAAAUUCGACGCCGCUUUCACUGAGCAAAUCGAGUUUUGCGGGAUUGGAUUGAUUCAUUAUCUCGAGAUCAAUAAGCUUUUAUGGUUGUCGACAACGCCAUUGAUGGACGCGAAUAGUUAUAAUUUGGCAAUUCCCCAACCACCAUCAUACGUGCCAGUGAUUGAGGAAAGUGAUCACGGUGAUCGCAUGAAUUUUUGGGAAAGAUUGGACAAUCAAAUCAACUAUUUCAAAUCGAUAGGCAUUCAUUUGUAUGGAACAAAUCAAAUGACAAAGAUUUUCCGUGAUCGCAUCUCGCCAGAAUUCCCGUGUGUUCGCGAAUUGGCCUCACGCGCUUCAAUCGUUUUCGUCAACACCGAUCCGAUUUUCGAUCUACCGCGACCGAUCUCUUUAAAGAUUCAAUACAUUGGAGGACUAGGCAUUCACGAGGCAAAACCAUUGGACGAGAAUCUCUCCACAUUGAUGUCAAAGGGUAAACGCGGAAUCGUCUUUUUCUCCCUAGGCUCAGUCGCUCUCUUUGACACAAUUCCAAUCAAUAUUCGCAAAGCGAUCAUUCACGAUUUCAGUCAAAUGACUGAAUAUCAUUUCAUCAUCAAAAUCGACAACAACGAUGAAACAACAGUUGAUUUGUUGAAAGGAGUCACGAAUAUCGAUACAGUUCGAUGGAUUCCACAAGCUGAUUUACUAGGGCAUUCAAGAUUGAAACUUUUCGUCACACACGGCGGCAUCAACGGAAUGAUUGAAGCAAUUUAUCGCUCAGUUCCAUUGGUAAUCGUUCCCAUCUUCGCUGAUCAGUUCCGCAAUGGGAGAAACGCUGAGAUGAGGGGGAUUGGAAAGGCGAUCAGCAAGCUAAAAUUGGCUGAGGUCGGCAAGGUGGUUCGCGAGGUGCUUCAAGAUGAGAGAUAUACAAAUUCGAUGAGAUCAUUAUCGAAACGUGUAAAAUCUCAUCCAAUGAGAGCAAAGGAAACACUUCUGAAAUGGACAGAAUACGUUUUAUCAUUUGGUCCAUUAGAUGAUUUGAGCUUGGAAGGCAAAGAAAUGAAUGCGAUCAUUUAUUUCAAUUUAGAUGUGAUUUUCCUUCUCUCAAUCCCCCCUAUUCUCUUCAUUUUCUCAAUUUUCCUCUUCAUUCGCACAAUUUUCCAAUCAAUCUUUUAUCGUUUAAAACAAAAAAUGAAAAUUGAU